GACGAGGGGGGUGCGGAGCCAGCCAGGCCGCCCUCCCGUUCCCACAGCAGCCGAGCAGAGCGGGCUGCCAUGGCGCGGGCCAGGCCUGGGACCCCGGACCCCCAGGCCCUGGCCUCUGUCCUGCUGCUGCUGCCACUGCUCUGGGCCCCUGCCCUUUCCCUCCUGGCUGGGAUGGUGCCUUCAGAGCCCCCCAGUGCCUGUGCCUCAGACCCGUGUGCUCCAGGGACCGAGUGCCAGGCUACCAAGAGUGGUGGCUAUACCUGUGGGCCCAUGGAGCCCCGGGGCUGUGCCACCCAGCCAUGCCACCACGGCGCUCUGUGUGUGCCCCAGGGUCCAGAUCCCAGCGGCUUCCGCUGCUACUGUGUACCGGGUUUCCAGGGCCCACGCUGCGAGCUGGACAUCGAUGAGUGUGCAUCCCGGCCGUGCCACCAUGGGGCCACCUGCCGCAACCUGGCCGAUCGCUACGAGUGCCACUGCCCCCUUGGCUAUGCAGGCGUGACCUGCGAGACGGAGGUGGACGAGUGCGCCUCAGCGCCCUGCCUGCAUGGGGGCUCGUGCCUGGACGGCGUGGGCUCCUUCCGCUGUGUGUGCGCGCCGGGCUACGGGGGCACCCAUUGCCAGCUGGACCUCGACGAGUGCCAGAGCCAGCCGUGCGCGCACGGGGGCACGUGCCACGACCUGGUCAACGGGUUCCGGUGCGACUGCGCGGGCACUGGCUACGAGGGCACGCACUGCGAGCAGGAGGUGCUGGAGUGCGCAUCGGCGCCCUGUGCGCACAACGCGUCCUGCCUCGAGGGCCUCGGGAGCUUCCGCUGCCUCUGUUGGCCAGGCUACAGCGGCGAGCUGUGCGAGGUGGACGAGGACGAGUGUGCAUCAAGCCCCUGCCAGCAUGGGGGCCGAUGCCUGCAGCGCUCUGACCCGGCCCUCUACGGGGGUGUCCAGGCCGCCUUCCCUGGCGCCUUCAGCUUCCGCCAUGCUGCGGGCUUCCUGUGCCACUGCCCUCCUGGCUUUGAGGGAGCUGACUGCGGUGUGGAGGUGGACGAGUGUGCCUCACGGUCAUGCCUCAACGGAGGCCGCUGCCAGGACCUGCCCAAUGGCUUCCGGUGUCACUGCCCAGAUGGCUACGCAGGGCCGACAUGUGAGGAAGAUGUGGAUGAAUGCCUGUCGGAUCCCUGCCUGCACGGCGGAACCUGCAGUGACAAUGUGGCAGGCUAUAUCUGCAGGUGCCCAGAGACCUGGGGCGGGCGCGACUGUUCUGUGCAGCUCACUGGCUGCCAGGGCCACACCUGCCCGCUGGCUGCCACCUGCAUCCCUAUCUUCGAGUCUGGGGUCCACAGUUAUGUCUGCCACUGCCCACCUGGUACCCAUGGUUCUUUCUGUGGCCAGAAUACCACCUUUUCUGUAAUAGCUGGGAGCCCCAUUCAGGCCUCAGUGCCAGCUGGUGGCCCCCUGGGUCUGGCACUGAGGUUUCGCACCACGCUGCCCGCUGGGACCUUGGCCACUCGCAAUGACACUAAGGAAAGCUUGGAGCUGGCAUUGGUGGCAGCCACACUUCAGGCCACACUCUGGAGCCACGGCACCACUGUGCUUGUCCUGAGACUGCCGGACCUGGCCCUAAACGAUAGCCAUUGGCACCAGGUGGAGGUUGUGCUCCACUUAGCAACCCUGGAGCUACGGCUCUGGCAUGAGGGCUGCCCUGCCCGGCUCUGUGUGGCCUCUGGUCCUGUGGCCCUGGCUUCCACAGCUUCAGCAGCUCCGUUGCCUGCUGGGAUCUCCUCUGCCCAGCUGGGGGACGCAACCUUUGCAGGCUGCCUCCAGGACGUGCGUGUGGAUGGCCACCUCCUGCUGCCUGAGGAUCUCGGUGAGAACGUCCUCCUGGGCUGUGAGCGCCGAGAGCAGUGCCGGCCUCUGCCUUGUGUCCAUGGAGGGUCCUGUGUGGAUCUGUGGACUCAUUUCCGUUGUGACUGUCCCCGGCCCCAUAGGGGUCCCACGUGCUCCGAUGAGAUUCCUGCUGCCACCUUUGGCUUGGGAGGCACCCCAAGCUCUGCCUCCUUUCUGCUCCAAGAGCUGCCAGGUCCCAACCUCACAGUGUCUUUCCUUCUCCGCACUCGGGAGCCCGCUGGCCUGUUGCUCCAGUUUGCCAAUGACUCCGCAGCUGGCCUGACAGUAUUCCUGAGCGAGGGUCGGAUCCGGGCUGAGGCGCCGGGCAGUCCUGCUGUAGUGCUCCCUGGGCGCUGGGAUGAUGGGCUCCGUCACCUGGUGAUGCUCAGCUUCGGGCCUGACCAGCUGCAGGACCUGGGGCAGCACGUCCACGUGGGUGGGAGGCUCCUUGCUGCUGACAGCCAGCCCUGGGGUGGGCCCUUCCGAGGCUGCCUCCAGGACCUGCGACUCAAUGGCUGCCACCUCCCCUUCUUUCCUCUGCCACUGGAUAACUCAAGCCAGCCCAGCGAGCUCAGUGGCAGGCAGUCCCGGAACCUCACCGCGGGCUGCGUCUCCGAGGACAUGUGCAGUCCUGACCCCUGUUUCAAUGGUGGGACUUGCCUCGUCACCUGGAAUGACUUCCACUGUACCUGCCCUGCCAAUUUCACAGGGCCUACAUGUGCCCAGCAGCUGUGGUGUCCCGGCCAGCCCUGUCUCCCACCUGCCACGUGUGAGGAGGUCCCUGAUGGCUUUGUGUGUGUGGCGGAAGCCACGUUCCGCGAGGGUCCCCCAGCCGCGUUCAGCGGGCACAACGCGUCGUCAGGGCGCUCGCUCGGCGGCCUGUCGCUGGCCUUUCGCACGCGCGACUCCGAGGCCUGGCUGCUGCGUGCCGCGGCGGGCGCCCUGGAAGGCGUGUGGCUGGCGGUGCGCAACGGCUCGCUGGCGGGGGGCGUGCGCGGAGGUCACGGCCUGCCCGGCGCUGUGCUGCCCAUACCCGGGCCACGCGUGGCCGAUGGUGCCUGGCACCGCGUGCGCCUGGCCAUGGAGCGCCCGGCGGCCGCCACCUCGCGCUGGCUGCUGUGGCUGGAUGGUGUGGCCACCCCGGUGGCGCUGCGCGGCCUGGCCAGUGACCUGGGCUUCCUGCAGGGCCCAGGUGCUGCGCGCAUCCUGCUGGCGGAGAACUUCACCGGCUGCUUGGGCCGCGUGGCGCUGGGGGGCCUGCCCCUGCCCUUGGCGCGGCCCCGGCCUGGCGCGGCCCCCGGCGCCCGAGAGCACUUCGCGGCUUGGCCUGGGACGCCGGCCCCGAUCCUCGGCUGCCGCGGCGGGCCUGUGUGUGCGCCCUCGCCCUGUCUGCACGGCGGUGCCUGCCGUGACCUCUUCGACGCCUUCGCCUGCGCCUGCAGCCCGGGUUGGGAGGGCCCGCGCUGCGAAGCCCACGUCGACCCCUGUCACUCAGCGCCCUGCGCCCGUGGCCGCUGUCACACGCACCCCGACGGCCGCUUCGAGUGCCGCUGCCCGCCUGGUUUCGGGGGCCCGCGCUGCAGGUUGCCUGUCCCAUCCAAAGAGUGCAGCCUGAAUGUCACCUGCCUCGAUGGCAGCCCGUGUGAGGGUGGCUCUCCCGCUGCCAACUGCAGCUGCCUGGAGGGUCUUGCUGGCCAGAGGUGUCAGGUCCCCACUCUCCCCUGUGAAGCCAACCCCUGCUUGAAUGGGGGCACCUGCCGGGCAGCUGGAGGGGUGUCUGAAUGUAUCUGCAAUGCCAGAUUCUCCGGCCAGUUCUGUGAAGUGGCGAAGGGCCUGCCCCUGCCGCUGCCAUUCCCAUUGCUGGAGGUGGCCGUGCCUGCAGCCUGUGCCUGCCUCCUCCUCCUCCUCCUGGGCCUCCUUUCAGGGAUCCUGGCAGCCCGAAAGCGCCGCCAGUCUGAGGGCACCUACAGCCCAAGCCAGCAGGAGGUGGCUGGGGCCCGGCUGGAGAUGGACAGUGUCCUCAAGGUGCCACCGGAGGAGAGACUCAUCUAGGCCAGCCUGGCUGCCAGCACCAGCACCUGGAGGUCCUGAAUGGUUUCUACCUGGAGACCCAAGGAAGCUGCUUCCAGGGCUCGGGACAUUGCUAUGGAAGUGUCCCCUUGGCUGGCAGCCUCUGCCUCUGCCUCAUUGUGGAUGGAGGACGAGGGGAGCAACUCAGGGAAACAGGCCUAGAGAGGCUGCGGACUUCUCCAUCCCACCCUCGGGGUUCCGCCUUGGCAGGUGUAUGGCUAUGCAUGGGAGGGCACACGUGGGUUCACAUAGUGUGUUCAGGAGUGUGUGUAUCUGGAGGAGUGUGUGAGAGUGUGGACCUGGGCCCGUGUUAGUCUGCAGAUGCUAGUGUGAGUGUGUCCUGACAUGGCUCCAGGGCAUGUCUGCUGCGUUUGCUGUGUGUCUAUGACUGUGAUGGGUGUAGCUGAUCCCAGGAGGUGGCGGCUGCACCAUGGGGUCAAUCAUUACAGUCCUAGGGCAGGGGCGGCCCAAGGCUGCAUGUUCUCCAGGAGGCCAGGCUGGGGUUGCCCAGGUACCUCCUUCCCCGCCUCUGGGGGCUGCUCCUGCUGUGGAGGCAGCUGGGAAGUCAGGGAAGGCCACUAGCAGAGGCUGAGUGGGCUUCUGGCUCCUAGGACAAAUGUCCCUUCAGGCAGGUCUGUCUGCCAGAAGCCAGAGCCAGUCAUGUGAGGGAACCACAGACCCACCUGCCCCCUCAGCCGGAGCAGCCCGAGGGAGCAGAGGAGGGGCUGCCUUGAGCUUCCCACCCUGCUGUGGUCAUUUGUCAAAGGGGGAAGGCACCCACUGCCUACCUCACAGGGCUGUUGUGCGGAUCAGAGAGGACGACAGUGGGGAAAGAAUCUGGAAGUCGUCAACUGCCGUCUGAUGGGAAGGACCGUCUGGGUGUCCUUCUGGGAUGAGGAUGACAGAGCAACCCUUCUCCCGCCCCGAGCCCCCCCAGCUCACCUGACCACCUCUGGUUCUCCAGCUCUGGUCCUCCCUAGCAGCCUGGUGAGCUCACUCCUUUCCCUGAUGACUAGUUGCCUCUACACAGACUCGGCGAGAGGACUCGAAGGAAGCCCUCUGGGUUGUCUGCUGAGUACAGGGGCUCAGUGAACACUGGCGCUGCCUGAGUCGGGGCUGGGCCUGCAGAGGCCGACUCAGAGGAGACUCUGCUGCUUGCUCCCAGCCCCUUCCCCGGUGAUGCCCAUCACACUGUGACCUCCCAUCCCUGAAGGGCAGCUGCCUGAGGGCCUGGCCUCCUUCCGGCUUCAUGGACCUGGAGGUGUGCCCUUUCGUCCUUCCUGCUUCCCAGGCCAGGAGAUCCGUUUACACUUUUGGGUUGACCGUCAGCUUUUCCUUUCGGUGUCGGCAGGUCCCAGAGGCAUGGGUGUCCAAUCCAAGGUGGGGAGCCACGUGACAACUUGGGGGACUGGGAAGUCAGCAGAGGCUGGGAUAGAGAGGACCCUGAACAUCAGGCUCAGGGGCUUGCUUGGUCCUUAUCCUGUAGGAGGUGGGACCACCUUUCCCUGAACUUUGUCUACAACCCUUGGGAACGUGGGGAGGUGGCAGCUGGUUGCAGGGUCAGUUUAUUGAGUUAGAGAUUUGGAAAACCUGUGUCAGCUGUAACUCCUAGGACAUUUUAUAUGGAACCCAACAUGCAGAUGAAAGCUGGCUGUCCCCUGUCCUCUUCCUGGUUCCUGUGGGUUUGGGUGCCUGGUUUUUUUUGUUUUUUUUUUUUUUGAGAUGGAGUCUAGCUCUGUCACCCAGGCUGGAGUGCAGUGGCACCAUCUCGGCUCACUGCGACCUCUGCCUCCCAGGUUCAAGCAAUUCCCUGCCUCAGCCUCCGGAGUAGCUGGGAAUUACAGGUGUCUGCUUUUAGUAGAGACAGGGUUUCACCAUCUUGGCCAGGCUGGUCUUGAACUCCUGACCUUGUGAUCCACCUGCCCCAGCCUCCCAAAGUGUUGGGAUGACAGGUGUGGGAUGAUGGGUGUGAGCCACCGCGCCCGGCCUGGCCUGGAUGCCUGUCAUUUUUAGGCCUGUCAGUCCUGCAAGGGGGGCCAUGGUCAGGUGACGGGCGAGUCGGAGGGGGUGGGUGGUGUGACUGGGCAUAUUCCACGCUCACUAUGGGUGGUCGAUUGGUCUGCAUUCCCCCCGCUCCAAACACCAGCGUCCAACAGAGGCAGAUUCCCAGGCUCUGUUCUUGCUAAUGAGAGACCUGUGGGGGUGACUUGCCAGGUGUCCCCUUGAACUCUUUCCUGGCUCCUGGGUGCCCUCAACAUUGUUGGUGGCCUGCAGUCUGCCCCAUGGCCCCAGCAGGGCUGAGCAGGCCUGUUGCCAGCCCAACCCCGUGCCUAGGCUGUGAGGGGCAGAGCAUGAGCUGGCUUAGAGCCCUGAGUGGGCACCGGCUUGGGAGGGUGCGGGGAGUUGACUCCUUCCCUAACUGCUCCACGCCUGGCCCCCGCCUCUACAGGAGCAGGUGGUGAGGAUGGCUCCGGGCGCGUGCGGGGCCUCCCCUCCCCAAAAGCUUCAAGGACACGGGGAUGCCAGCCUCUUCCCCAAGAUAAUUUUAUUGAAUGCACACAAAGUUCAUCCUUGGGUCUGUGAAGUCCCAAAAGUGAAGAGGCAGCAGUGCUCAUGUGAACAUGGAGCGCUCACCCCAGCCCCCCAGCACAGCCAGGGGGCCUUGGGGUACACACCCUCCUUCCCUGGGGCCACCAGCACCUAUCUGCCCUAUCCCGGAUGGGGCCUGGGGGUCUGCCCAAGGAGUGAGACUGGAAUCUAUGCUGAAACACCUAAGUGCCCGGGAGGUGUCCCCAUGGCCCAGGAGUGACACGGC